AUGUUGUCUCCAAAGUUGUUAUACGACGAUUUAUAUAAACAUCUGAUUAUUUCAGAUGUGGCACAAGCAAAUACUGACAAGUGGACGCCCCAGGAGUUGGCAUCCGUCGGGGAACUAUUGUUGGACAUAUCCAUACAGUUAACUAAAAAUUAUGGACUUUCGUACGAAGAAGUAGAGAAAGGAUUGCCUCAGAUAGAUACUUCGAAAACUUUGAUCAGAGAGGUAUGUCCGGCUUUCUUGUCCAACGUCGARUGCAGACCGGGCAAGUACAGAAGAUAUGAUGGUCUGUGUAACAAUGUCAAGCAUCCGACAUGGGGCGGUGCCAAUACGCCUUUUUCCAGGUUGGUCGGACCGUUAUUUUCUGACGGCAUUAGUGCACCAAAAGUAAGCAGCCUCAACGAUCGAGAACUACCUUUAGCCAGAGUGGUCUCCAGAACGAUGCAUCCCGACGAGGGGUACCACGAACACGCGGCUACUAUGUUGUUAGUUGCAUUUGGUCAAUUUAUGGACCACGAUUUCACACUUAUGGGAACGCCUGCCGACCCAAUAACCAAGAAUGAACCAGAAGAAUGCUGCAGUCGACCUCCAAAUUUAAAAAAUCCUUACUGCAACGAAAUACCUGUUCCUGAUGAUGAUUACUUUUAUAGUAAAUUCAAUGUUAAAUGUAUAGAUUUCGUAAGAGCUUUUCCAUCAGUUAGACCAGGAUGUCGCUUAGGUUCAAGAGUACCGUUCAACACGUUGACAGGAGUAAUAGACGCGAAUACAGUUUACGGUGUGACAGAAGAUUACGCUAGACAUUUAAGAACUGGCUAUGCUGGUUUACUUCGCAUGAACCCUGCGUUUAUGGAUUACGGACUAAAAGAUUUGUUGCCUUUGAGACUUAAAGAUCCCGACGAAGGAUGUACUAGACUAAAUCGUUCACAGUAUUGUUUUGAUGCCGGAGAAGUUCGAGUAAAUGAACAACUCGUACUUGCUACUAUGCAUACUAUAUGGGCAAGAGAACAUAAUAGAAUAGCGAAAGAAUUUGGUAAAAUCAAUCCACAUUGGGAUGAUGAAAUUCUUUUCCAAGAAGCAAGGCGGAUCGUUAUAGCAGAAAUUCAGCACAUAGCUUAUAACGAGUUUUUGCCAACAUUGCUUGGGAAAGGAGUGAUGGAAAAAUUUGGACUGCUAUUACAAAAAGAA